AUGUCAGCAGCUAGGAAAUCAAGAUCUGCCGAGAAAGAAGUCGAACCUGAACCUAUGGAAGUUGAGGAACCUGCUGUAGAUGGUGCAGAGGAGGAGGAGGACGAAGAGGAAGAGGGUGAAGAGGAAGGUGAAUAUGAGGUGGAAGCUAUUGUGGAUCAUAGACAGAAGAAGGGUAAUCAAGCUGGAAAAUACGAAUAUCUCGUCUCAUGGAAGGGAUAUGGACCAGAACACAAUACAUGGGAACCAGAGGAGCAUGUAGCCCAUGCAAAUGAUAUCGUCUCUCGAUAUUGGGCCGGCCGGCCCAAAAACGCAGUUCCACCUAAACAAACCAAGAAACGAGGAAGAUCGUCUGUUGACGGAUCAUCAACGCCUGUACCUGCAUCUCAGAAAGUCAAAUCGGCACGAACGACUAAUGGUACGAGUAGACGUAAAUCGCAGAAAGACGAUGAAGAUGAUGAAGAAUUGCCAGAAUUUGAGAUCAGUCAUGUGGAUUCGACGGCUAAAUACGAAGAUGUACCUGACUGGGAAGAUACGGUGACUAGCGUGGAUACAAUUGAGAGGAGUAGUAAAGAUGAAUUGGUUAUUUACCUAACUAUGGUCGGUGGUGAGAAGGUCGCUGUGCCUACUGAUUUGGCUUAUAGGAGAUGCCCACAGAAGGUAUUAAAAUUCUACGAAAAACACCUCAAGUGGAAAUUAUCAUAA